CUGGCCCGGCAACCUCAGCUGGCACAUUGAUCAUGAACAAACCUGGAGAGUCGACGACGACGGCGCGGCGCGACGACAAGCCGCGGGAAUAUUCUUCUUCGUCUCAUGGGGAGAAGAAGCGGAGUCGAGAAGAUGACAAGAAGAUGAAUGAAAUGGAUCGACGCAAGAUUCAAAAGUACAAGGACGACAAGCUCAAAGAACGCAAGGACCACACGCGCCGCGUGCUGGAACAGCAAGCACAGGAGAAGCGCCGCGCCCUCCUGGGCAAACAGUCCGAGUUCAUCGGCACGCUGGAGUUCCGCAAUCAACUGCCCGACCUUCCAUUCGACGCCAAGUUCAUCCAGUACGCCCACGACGCCGACCGGUUCGUCAAGUACAAGCCGUCGCAGGUCGAACGCGACUACGUGCACGAGUUCUACGUCGAGCAGAACCUCGGUCUGCCGAUCGAUCUCAUUGACCCCGAGAAGUUUGAAGUGCCCGACGUGUCCGAGCGCGCCAUGACCAACGUCGACGUCGAACUGCUCAACAUGCCCGAAAUCAUCAGCGGCGCGUCGGCGGCCAAAGCCAAGAUCCGUCCGCAUGUGCCGUGGUUGCGGCGCUCCGAGUUUAUGGGUACCGAUCUCAGCGAAGCCGUGCAUCAGUUCAAGAACGAGAGCGAGUUGCAAGUCGAGAUUCGCGACAAGAACCAAGCGAUGCUGUCUGUCAUCAUGCAAAAAGACUUGGAGCAGCGCGCGAACGAGUCGUUCGACCUCUGUCCCGCCGCCGACAACAUGGUGCAUCCGCUCAAGGCCGACCUCAAACCCGUCCAAGUGUGGGAUGUCUUUCCCGACGAGAUCCUAUCGAGCAAUAUUUAUUCCAUCUUGUCGUACGAUAUUUUGCCGUCCACUGACACCCGGGACCCCACCACCCACGACCGCGAGUCGCAUGCGCUCCUUCGCAACGUUGUCACUGUGUCGCAGCCGAACGCGGCCGACGUGUUGUUGGGGUCGAUUUUGUUUCCAUCGACCGGCCACAAGGCCGUGGGCGGCGGCGACACCCACGACUCGGACGAGGAUGGCGGCAGUGAAAAGUUCAAGUUCUUUCGGGAUUACGUUCUCAACAUCAACCACGUACUCUAUAUAUAAACGUCGUCACAUAUGCCUGCUACUAGUACUUGGUUUGCACUCUAAUCGCUUAAGUGUAGUUUCCCAACGACGUUCAGCAACUCAUGCUCAUGAUCAACCCCGACGCAACCUCGGCCACGUACGCCAGUCUGAGCACCAACAUCACCCUCAAAAAGACCAAGAUUGGCGGAGACUCCAAGCGCCGACGGGGGGCGGUGGUGCAUCGCCGCGCGUACAACGACGCCGAAGAAGAAAAGCGCACGGAGAGCUUGCUCACUGUUGGGGGCAUUUACGACGAACGAUUGAACGGAAUGGUGGGCCACGGUGGCCACCACGUCAAGGACGCCCAAGAUGACGACGUGGGCAGUCCCGACGUCAGCGAAGAAGACAGUGACUAACUCGACCGUUUCCGUAUGCAGCAAUGACUACUGGAUUAGAAAGAAGGGCUGCUAUCAACUACUAAUCGACAAUCCCCCCCAAUUCCCCCCCCCCAACCAUCAGAGUGGCUUUACCAGUUAAAAACUCUUAACAAAUCUGCGACAGAGUACCAUGAGUUAGGCAUACUGCCGCUGUUGGCCAAGCCGGCUGCGCACGAGUUUGCACUUGUGGUAGUAGUCCUAAGAAUAGCCUCAAUCCAUCAUAUCCUCAGCAAGCCUAUCGGGAUCGUACGCACCACAUAUUCG